UUAUUUCUUUUUUUUUUAUUUCUACGCAAUUAUGAGGGAUGGAGGUGAAACCAGAAACUGCUGCUGCGUCAGUGACUCAACAGGCUGUUGCUAGGUAACCAAAGAAUGAGUGAGUUGCUAGGUAACCAAAGAGUGAGAACAUUAUUUGAUUCCACCAACCUUGCUUAGCUAGAGAGAGGUUGAAACAUAGACAUAAUAAAAGAAUAAGCAAAUCCACUUUCUUAUCCAGUGAGGCCAGAGAGUCGGAAUUGGUGGCUUCCUAGGCAUCAGCUGGGUCAACCAGCCCGCCCGUUUCCCCUUUUUCUGUUUUCGGGCACAAUGUUUCCUUUUGACCGUUGGUCCUCGCACCCUGCUGUGCCAGUCCAUUGUCCUCAAGAGCCGCUGUCUCCCAAGUGCGGAUUUCAGUCUUGGUGACAUAUUACCAGCUGAACUGUCUCCAAUAGCCAUCAGCUAAGCCGAGCUGCAUUCAGCCAUAAAGUUUAUUUUUAUUCAAACUUCAGCAGUUUUCUAGUUGUUCUGCUGAGGUAGUGACAUCAGUUUGUGACAUCACGCAAAAUGAUGUCACAAAGAGUGAUGCACACUUUGAGCUAGAGUGCAUCACAAAGCUGCACUCUUGAAUUCUACGGUCAUAACCACUGCAGAAGAGAGAGCGAGAGAGCGAGAGAGCCAGAGCACGUAGAAGGAUUGUUCUUCUAACAAGAAAUUGACAACGAAAGCUUUUAAAAAGGCAAAUCCUAACAAACAAAUAAAGAAAACCAUUGAGCAACGUUUGGACUUUUGGAGCAACUUUUGACAAAAAAGAUCAACAAUGAAUCAGAGCAGCAAAGCGUCGUCUUCCGAUUCUGACCAGCAGACCUUAGCUAGAGAGACUCAAAAGCUCCAAGGCAUCUUGAAAGAGGUCAACUUGAUGUCCAUAGAGAGACAUUCUCUGAUAAAAACAAACGAGGAGCUAAAGAUCCGAGCAAUAAAGACAGAAAAAGCUACACAUGAAAAAGACAAGCUGCUUCGGGAGAAGGAUGAGGAAUUAAAAAAACUGUUCGACCUAAUCAAAACUUUAAAGGAGGAUAUCAACACACUGGAGCAGAAAACCACCGACUUGGAUCUGAAAAACAUUGCGCUGGAGAAGGAAAAGAUGACCUUAGAAAAGGAAAAAAAUAACCUGAAGCAGGAAAACACCGCCCUGGUGACAGAAAAGACUGCUCUGGAGCAAACAAUCACCACCCUGGAGGAGGACAACACCACCCUGGGGCAGAAAAACACUGCCUUGGAAAGGGAAAAAUAUGCCCUGAAGCAGGAAAACUGCACUUUGAAACAGAUAAACUCCAUCUUGGAGGAGGAAAGCACCUUCUUCGAGAAGGAAAAAAAUAACCUGAAGCAGGAAAACACCGCCCUGGUGACAGAAAAGACUACUCUGGAGCAAAAAAUCACCACCCUGGAGCAGGACAACACCACCCUGGGGCAGAAAAACACUGCCUUGGAAAGGGAAAAAUAUGCCCUGAAGCAGGAAAACUGCACUUUGAAACAGAUAAACUCCAUCUUGGAGGAGGAAAGCACCUUCUUCGAGAAGGAAAAAAAUAACCUGAAGCAGGAAAACACCGCCCUGGUGACAGAAAAGACUACUCUGGAGCAAAAAAUCACCACCCUGGAGCAGGACAACACCACCCUGGGGCAGAAAAACACUGCCUUGGAAAGGGAAAAAUAUGCCCUGAAGCAGGAAAACUGCACUUUGAAACAGAUAAACUCCAUCUUGGAGGAGGAAAGCAACUUCUUCGAGAAGGAAAAAAUCUCCCAUGAACAGAAAAGCAUCUUCUUGGAGAAGGUAAACACUGCCCUGAAGCAGAAAACCACCGCUCUGGAGCAGAAAAGCACCGCGUUGGAGAAUAUAAUCAUCGCCUUGGAGCAGGAACACGCUGCCCUGGAGCAGAAAAGCGCUGCCUUGGAGAAUAUGACCAUUGACCUGGAGCUCGAAGUGGAACAGCUGAACCACGGCCUGAGGGACAGAAUGGAACAGCUGAACCAGCAGCGAUCUGAAGAAGAAAUCCACGAAGACGUUCAGGUUCAGUCAGUUUCAGACCAGCCACAGGAGCAGCGGUCUAUAUUGAGUCGUGUGAUCGGAGGCUUCUCCAAUAAGCUUCUGAAAAUGUGUAUUGACACUAUCAGGUAUUGGUUUGAAAGAUUGAACUUCUAAAUAAAGAAGAGUCAUGAGGGCUUCAAGCUUCCUGCUUGAUUAUUGGUGGCAGAAAAGCUUGAGGACAACAGGAUUGCGGUGUCAGGGACACAUGGGGGAUGAUGGCGGAAAAGCUUAAUGCUUGAAAGAUGUUGGCAGGAGAGUUUGAGGCCCACAGGACUGUAGUGCCAUGGGAACUUGAGGCCCUCAAACUCAGGUCUCCUUCGUCACCAGACGAUUCCUUUGUCGCCAGGGUCAUAGAGUUAUAUUAUAAACUCUAGGUUUGUUUUUAUUUUAGUUAGGUGUCGGAUGAAGAGCUUGGGGCCAGGGCUUCGUAGCGAGUCCUGUCAGACUCCCGGCCUCCCUUCAGGGCUUUGUAGCAAGUCCCGUUGGUCUCCAGGCUGACCUCCAGGGCUUCGUAGCGAGUCCUGUCAGACUCCCGGCCUCCC